ACUAUCUAUCCGCCCGCUCUGAUUCAUACAACAUACGGUGCGAAUCAAGUCGUCAUGCGAAAGCUUCCCGUUUAUUAGGCUGUGGUUGGCCACGCGACGGGACGGGUAGCAGCCCUGCGAGUAACAAACACCUUUUUAGGAAGCACCUCUCCUCCCUGUGAUGGUAAGUAGAAAGGUGUGAUGAUUUUGAGCUAUCUGAGUGUUGCUAAACUGGUUUUGUCUGUUUCGUUUUCUUUCCCUUUGCUUCAUAAUGGAUAUCUAAAAGGACAGCUGGAACCAAUAAAUGAGGGUUUCCUUUCUAGGCUCUCCGAUUUGCUGCUGUGCAGGUGGACCUGUCGACAUUGCUGUCAAAAAUGUUACGAGUGUAGCUGCUGCCAGUCCAAUGAAGAUGAAGUUGAAAUCUUGGGACCUUUUCCUGCCCAGACACCACCCUGGCUGCUGAGCAACCGAAAUGGAGACAAGAAUGGGGACCCUGACAACGUGGCCAGCGAAGCCCCCCCGACCCCCCAAGACCCGUCCCCCGACCGGAGGCGAUCAUCUUCGGACACGUCCAAGUCCACGUACAGCUUCACCAGAAGGAUUUCAAGUUUAGAGACCAGAAGGCCCAGCUCUCCUCUGAUCGACAUUAAGCCCAUUGAGUUUGGUAUUAUUGGAGCCAAGAAAGAAAUCAUCCAACCCUCGGUGCUGAGAAAAACCUACACUCCGGAUGACUAUUUUCGAAAGUUUGAGCCCAGACUGUACUCACUUGAUUCUAACAGUGAGGACGUGGACUCCUUGACAGAUGAGGAAAUCCUGUCCAAGUACCAGUUGGGCAUGCUGCAUUUCAGCACCCAGUAUGACCUGCUGCACAAUUAUCUCAUCGUGAGAGUGAUCGAGGCCCGGGACCUGCCAGCCCCCAUCUCCUACGAUGGAUCCAGGCAAGACAUGGCCCAUUCCAAUCCCUACGUGAAGAUCUGUCUCCUGCCGGACCAGAAAAACUCCAAGCAGACAGGGGUCAAGCGCAAGACCCAGAACCCGGUGUUUGAGGAGAGGUAUACCUUUGAGAUCCCCUUUCUAGAAGCCCAGCGGAGGACUCUGCUCUUAACCAUGGUAGAUUUUGAUAAAUUCUCGCGGCACUGUGUCAUUGGAAAAGUUUCCAUGCCUUUGAGCGAAGUGGACCUGGUCAAGGGCGGCCAUUGGUGGAAAGCCCUCGUUCCCAGUUCCCAGAAUGAAGUGGAGCUGGGUGAACUAUUGCUCUCACUAAACUAUCUCCCAAGCGCCGGAAGACUGAACGUUGAUGUGAUUAGAGCCAAGCAGCUUCUUCAGACAGAUAUGAGUCAAGGUUCAGAUCCCUUUGUGAAGGUGCAGCUGGUCCAUGGACUCAAGCUAGCCAAGACCAAGAAGACAUCUUUCAUGAGAGGCACGAUAGACCCCUUCUACAACGAGUCCUUCAGCUUCAAGGUUCCCCAGGAAGAACUAGAAAAUGCCAGUUUAGUAUUCACAGUGUACGGCCACAAUGUGAAGAGCAGCAACGACUUUGUGGGGCGGAUCGUCAUCGGCCAGUACUCCUCCGGCUCCUCCGAGUCCAACCACUGGCGACGGAUGCUGAACGCCCACCGGACGGCGGUGGAGCAGUGGCACAGCCUGCGAUCCCGGGACGAGUGCGACCGCGUCUCCCCCGCCUCGCUCGAGGUGACGUGAGAGAGCCUUGGCUUGGAAGGAGAAGUGGAAAAAGGAAGAGAAAGCAAAAGGCGCACUCACACAUGCACAUUCUCUCACACACAACACACACACACACACACACCCCAUCACCGUGGUACGAAGAGCAAUGGACCCAUUUCAGUCUUCGCCUCGGUGCCUCAGAGAACAUUCCCCUAAUCCCACGGUCCCGCGUCACCUCUGCCAGGGCCCACUGGACCUCAGGAGCGGCCCGAGGAAGCAGCCAACCCGUUUGCCGUAACCGUGAUUUGUCUGGGUCUGCUCAGGGGAUACCAGACCUGCCGGAAACCUUUGGAACUGGCCAGAGCCCAGCAACCUCUGACCCCGAUUCUCUUCUUCCUCUUCCCCAAGGGGUAUGAGUGUCUGUGUGUGUUCUCUCGGGUGAAUGUGACGAAUUAGACUAGACUAUUUUUAAAAACCAACGUGUAAUCCUGUGGUAAAAUCCCUUUGGACUUAACUGCUCUGUCCUCGUGCUAGCUUCUGAAAUUAGCUCCCCAUGUGGGCGCGGGCCUGUGUCCUUGUACCUGUGUUUGCGUGUGUAUGCGAAUGUGUGUGUGGGCGCACAUGGAGAGAGCCGGGCCCGUGGGUGAACGGCCAGGGACAUAGAAAGACCCGGACAUGAGUUCACCCUGAAAAUAGAUCCGAUGUCCCGCCGGUUGAGAGACCCCUGCCACUUAAUAUUAAUGUGUCUGUGCGUGAAUAUCUAGAGUAGGAUAUAGCAAAAUAACCCAUCUUCAGUAGAGUCCCAGUGUAAACGAGAGAAGCCGUGCAAAUAAGCAUUCAGAGUCACUAAGGAGCCUGUGGGAGAGACGCCAUUGAUAACAAACCCCUUUCCCUCCCCACCAACUCCCACCCAGGUUUCCCCAGUUCCUAGGCAGGCCAUUGUGGGUCUCCGUGUGUCUUUGUGUGAACCGAGUUAGUUCUCCCUCUCCCCACCGCCCCCGCCCCGACUCCUUCAACAGAGAGUAAAUUGUAGAUAGAGUAGAACUGUCUAUUCUGUUGGAUUUCUGCUUCUGCGCAUCUUCAUGGCAUUCGGUGUGGUACAAUGGAGAGUGUCUAUUUAUUGAAAUUAAAAAUCUAUUUAUUUGUGCCACGCA